CUUCUGAGCGCAUACCCUCAAUUCACUUCCUUGCAGUCGCUGACGCUAAUGAGAUCCAAUUCCUCCGCGUUUUCCCUGCCGCCGUGCGGGGCUAUCGGUCACUAAGGCUGGGCGUUGCUGCUGUUGCCUGUACUGGGGAACUGCUUGCCCUCUGCCUGGCCUCACCUGCCUGCACGCGUGUUGACAGUCGCCGGCCACACCUAGUCCUUUCGCAAACAGCACCGCCUGCCCUCUACCGUCAUGACCGCGCCGGACAACGACUCAGUGCAGCCUGUCGCUGCAGACGAGCCGCCAACCACUGCUUCUGCCUCGCCGCCGCGCCGCGACCCCAUUGAAGACGCCGACGCAAGCUUCACCCGCAAACGCCCCCGCCUACACAGCGGGAGCAACAGUCUAUGCGCUAUGCCUACCGACCCACAAACCCCCGUCAACACCGCCAUGUCGCCCUCGGAAAAGCAGGUAGAAAUGACCAUACGCUCACACCCGCCCUCUUCUCCGGUACAUGGUGGAGAUGAGGACCAUAGCAAUCCUGAUAACUUCCUCGAGGCUCCCUCCCCUACCCCGGGCCAGUCUCCAAUACUCAUUACUAGUUCCGAGGAUGAGCGCGGGAGUCCGCCCAUCCUGAUAAUAGACGACGACGAUGAAGCAGACGCCUUUUCCGUACAGAUGGACGCAGAAGAUUAUUUUCGCCGAUUCCCCUACACACACCAUGGGAGUUACUCCACGGUUGUUCGCGACUUGGCCAAUCACGUUCAAGGAGUUGACAACGACAUCGAUCCCCACUUCUUUCCUAGCAUUUCACAAUGGCUGACCGAUUUACCCGAACCCGGCCCCCAAGUAGACCUUUACGGCUUCUAUACAAGUAAGGCCAUGUUUUGGGAUGAUAUCGCUGGACUGGUGCAUAAUUUGCUCUUACGCAGGGUUGCUUUUAGCCACCACUCGGAUGACCGCCGUGCGGGCGACAUGUUCUACGUUUUCCUCAGUGCCUACAUCAGGGCAUGCUCUUUCCUCCUCCUCGCUGACGUCUGGCUACUCUCCCAACCGCGUCCCGGCGAGAUAUAUUCUUUGCCUCUUCUUAGUCAGAAGCACAUGCGAAACUGGCAUGCCAUUCUUCGCCCGGACAAGGCACCUGCAUUCGCUCUGGUGAGCAAAGAAUAUUCUGUCGAUGUUCGCAAAAUGAUCGGAUUGUUGCAAAAGGACUUCCUAGCUGCCAACGGUGCCCAAAAUAUCUUGCGGCUAUCCGGCGAGGCCUUCCACUGUGUGCCCUUGAACAUGCAAACUCAAAUUGCGUUGGUUGCCGCUCCAGUUUUGACUUCAUUGGGCCUCUCGAUAUUCCAGGAUCCUAGUCCUGCGACUGACCCCGAUCGCCCCGAGUUCUGUCGCGGAGUUUUGCAAUUCUUGGAGAAAUACAUGGACGACCUCUUCGACUUGAGCAGAACUACCGAUGCUGUCUCCGCUCGAGACCUGAUUCAGUACUUUCACGCGCUAUUAUUUGAGCUCUGUCUCUGGAAUAAGGAGAUCGAAUCGGAUCUGGUGGACAGGUUCCUCGACUUCAGAAGCGUUGAUUCGCCGACUACUUCUUCUCCAACCUCGGUCGAUCGUACUGGACCCCAACACCAGUAUCGCGAUGAACCUCAAUACUUUCCAGCUUUAGUCGCCAACGCGUGGAGAUUCAAGCUUCUGCGCCGAUACCUCACCAGAGGUAAGAUGGAUUUACGCGUCAUGAGUAUAGCUAUGAUGGAUGUUUCCUUGAUAGAGAUUUGGAGACAGUACAACAACCCCGAGUCGACAUGCGAACACCCCGUCAUGCGAUAUCUAGCAGACUUUCUCCUUUAUGGGAACGUUGUGGAUUACAUCGUCAGUGUCGACUCACAUCCGCAACUUAUCGCGCGCAGCGGCAACAUCGUUGGUUUUCUCGUCGUAACUAGACGUUGGACAGAUGACCAAGCGGAUGCUAUCUGGAACACCGUUGCCAAAAGCCCCGACCCUCGUGUCGUUACCGCGACACUGGCCAUGCUUAGAGCGAUCAUGCACAUGAUGAGGCCUGCAGAUCACUUGUACUUCUGUACAAAGCUUUACGAAUUGCCUAUCAGGAGCUACACCGUAGAUAUUCUUCGAUUCCUCCGAGAGCUGGGCCCGAAGAUCCUGGAAAAGGCGUUACCGGAAGAUUAUGCUGCGAGAGAAGAUACUGCUAGGCCAUGGAAUGUUUGCACCCGCAUCAUCCGCGACACAAUGUGCCAGGCGGAUACGGACAAAGACAUGUUAGACCUGUAUCACGAGGCUGCUAGCUACCUUUCAACUCUGGCUCCUAAUGUCUCUGUUGGAGAGCGCCAUUCGAUCUACAGAGAUUGUGCGGAUCACAUUUACAGGCACUCGACGAAAGCGACUGGAAGUGCAAAAGUCAUUUACGCGCUCGCCGCACCACUCCCUUCUGAAGACGAGAACUUUUUCCAACAGAACCAGGAUGUCACACGCAAAAUUCUGGAUGAGAUCGCAUGGUUUGUCGAGAAUGAGAGGAAUGCCGAAUCAUCCCUAUAUCAACAAACAGCUCUAUGUUGCAGAUUGGAGCUUCUAGCACUCAUGAUCUGUUGCGCCGGGCCAGCCAUACCUGUUGAGAUGUAUGAGCAGCUAUGGAACUAUACAAUCGGCACACGUGCGCUAUCGAAUACUACCAGGGAUUGGGCAUGGGCGCAAUUACUCCAUACACUCAAAUUUGCCCCGGACAACGACUACUGCAGGCAACUUGUCUCUUCCCACAUGGUACACAUGAACACCGGGAUCUACACGAACGGCAUGUUCGAAUUUGUUGCCAACUACAAUUUCCCGAUGAAACGGCAGCUUGUGGGAACUGAUCAAGGAGAAAAGGAUGUGUUACAGAUCCCUGGUGCAGACGUGCUGUGGUCCAUGGUUCUAUCCUCACCAGAAGGCACUAUUGAAGAUCGCGCCGCCCGUCUUCUUGCCAGUCGCUACGUACAGAUCAACGAGGCCGAUGGCGCUAUGCUAGCAGAUGUGGAAGCCGCUCAUGUCGUUCUGGUGGAGAGAUGCAUACAGGAGAUGCAUUCGGCAUGCAGGCUCAUACGCGCUCAGUCCUCCGAUGGAGACUUAUCGAAUAUGGAUGUCACUGCAUCUGACAGGAUGGUUCUUGAGAAUGAAGAACGUUAUCGCAAGAUCAUUACAUUCCAGAAACUAUUGUUGGAGAAGAUACGCCAUAAACCAGAGUUCAACCGAAGUCGGAGAGCAGAUUCCAAAGUCGACGAAACAGACAUACCGUACGGUGAUGCGAUCGCGAUCCGAUUCCAGUGCGGUAACGACCGGCAAGUCGUCAUGAUGGGCGCGGAUCAUACAGUAACAGAUCUCUACCGAAGAUUAUGUCACGUAUCGGGAUACACCAAAAUCAACCUUUUCGCAAAGGGUCAGCGGCUCAACAUCGCUGACAUGUCGAUCGAGAAGCUUAGCGGCAUCGACUUUGGAGGACAGCUAUUAGUACAAAGGGCACCAGACGCGGAAGUCACUCGCCCAAUGCCCGGACAGGGUACAGGGUCUUCGGUCUUCGAGUCUACUGUGCUCAAGCAUUUCGACGAAUUAUUCUCCUUGAUGGACUCUGAUGACAACAUCAGUCAGAUGCUAUUCGAUUACUUGAGCUUCUUUCCAGCGCGGCACACUUUUGCAGAUAGCGUCGUGACAGGUGCGGCGCUAUCAGAGGAGCUUUUCCCUCCAGGAAAGUUCUACCAAGCGAGAUACGCCGCUUUGGCUCUCGAGGCUAGACUGGGAGAGCAGAUACGUAAUUCUAAUCUGGACGAGAAAUUCCUGGGCCAUGCCAUACGCCAGUUGAACGAGGCUCUUCUUAAUCCUCGGCUCAUCAGCGACAGCAUCUCGAACUUCCAAGAGCUGCAACUUGCAGCGGUACUCGUGCAUGCUCUGUUGGAGUUUCUUAGAGAACGUCCUUCUCCCGACGCUUCGGCUGCCUACUUCUCAGAUGGUGCACGGCUCGGAAACCGCCUGGUGACGAUCCUAUGCAUGGCACUGGAAACAAACGAAGACGCUACUGUAAUCCAGGAUUGUUACGGCACUAUUCUAGAGGCCUCACUCCACUCCCGAGUCAUCUGGGAAGCGUUCGUUGAGCAUCCCCAAACUCCGCGACUCCACCGAGUUCUGCUCUUGAGCGACCCCAGGCAGUCUGUGCGAGAGCAUGUCGCUCAAAAGAUCGCAUCCGUCUGCGGCGGCGACCUUCCAUCCACGUGUCCGAUCACUAAAGGCGAGAUUGCCUCACAAUUCUGGGCAGUCAUUUCCGAGCUCAUUCCAGGCUCCUUGUGCGUUCCCGCUCAAUCACAACAGCUAUUCAGCAUUGCCGAGCAAGUCUUCCGCGCGAAAGACGAGUACAAACGGGACGAACCCUCACUCCGACUUUACUUAACAACUUGGAGCGACCUGCUCUUGGAUCACCAACAUCAGGAAUUUGUCGGCCGGGACGAAAUCGACCGCGUGGUUUUUGGGCUUACGAAACUCAUACUGUGCUGCAUACUGUCACUCAAGUCUUUUAAGAAGCCUCUUGGUGCAGGCGGCAUGAUGGAAAAGAUCUUCAGGAAGUACAUCUUUACGAAGAGCUCUUCUACUGCAGUGGUGGGCGCAGCCACUGUUCCCAUACUAGAGUCUCACACAAGGCAUGAGAUGUACGAUCUCAUGCUCGCACUAGCUGAAGAUAGCAGCACGUACAACAGCCUGAUCAAACUUGCAGCAGACGUGGAGACUGAGGAGAAUGAGCCAGUAAUACCAACGCUUGCAGUCGAUCGCUCCUUGGAAAUACGCUCUAGCACAGGCUAUGUUGGCCUGUACAACCCUCGUGCCAUUUGCUAUGCAAACUCGCUGCUCACGCAACUCUUCAUGAACCUCAAUUUCCGCAAGUUCAUUCUCGGUUUGGAGCUUCAGGAAGCCAGCGGCUCUCAGAAACUUCUUCUUGAGACCCAGAGACUGUUCACGAACAUGCAGCAUUCGUUCCGCAAAGCCGCGGAUCCACGUAGCUUUGCAGCUUGCGUACAGAACUCAGAGCUCAUGCCAAUAGACAUUAGCGUCCAGAUGGAUGCAGAUGAAUUCUACAAUUCCCUCUUCGAUCAGUGGGAACGACAGCUCAUCAAGGACGAGCACAAGCAGCAAUUUCGCUCAUUCUAUGGAGGGCAAACAUUGAAUCAGAUCAAAUCCAAAGAAUGUGAGCAUGUCUCGGAACGAUCAGAGCCUUUUUUCGCGAUACAAUGCGAUGUUUUGGGUAAAGCAACACUCCAAGAGAGUCUCCAGGCUUUCGUUAGAGGCGAUGUCAUGGAAGGCGACAACAAGUACAAGUGCGAGAAAUGCGACGGCAAAUACGUCGACGCAGUCAAGCGGACCUGUUUCAAGGAGGUGCCCGACAAUCUCAUCUUCCAUUUGAAGCGCUUCGAAUUCGACCUGGCCGACUUUAGCCGUAAGAAGGUCUAUGAUUAUUUCGAGUUCCCACAGGCCAUUGACAUCAGCGCAUACCAUGUCGACCAUCUCAGCGACCCAAGCAAACCAAAAGAAGCGGAUAUGUUCGAUCUUGUUGGUGUGCUCGUACACACGGGCACCUGCGAGCAUGGUCAUUACUAUUCUUACAUUCGUGAGCGACCUUGUCCCACAGGAACAACGUCACAAACCUGGGUGGAAUUUGACGAUAGCAGUGUUGGAUCUUUCGACCCAGCAGACAUUGCGUACAAAGCUUUCGGAGGCUUCACAGACGAUUCAUACAACCGCAUACUAAAACAAUACUCGGCAUAUAUGCUCUUCUAUCAACGCCGUACUGCUGUGGAUGAUGACCAGCGUGAUUGGGUCACUUCUGCAGACGGGAAAACGCUCAAGGUUCCCAUGCCACCAACGCUCCAGAGAGAAGUUGAUUCUGCCAACGAGCUGUUCAUCCGAGAAUAUUCCCGCUUCGAUCCCAACCAUACAAAGUUCGUGCGGCAGCUUCAUGCUAUGUCACGUACACUCAAUCACGGUUCUUGCUCCGAAGACCACACGCAGGAAAAACACUCCUUACAGAUAGUACUUGCGCAUCUUGGGCACAUCGUCUGGCGUCAUACAAAUGCCGAAAUCUUCUCAGAAACGUUACUGCAGCUGCGGCGGUCGGUUCUUCCAUGCUCAACCUGCUGCAACAUUGUUCUCAAGGUACUCGCUACCGACGAUGUUGCCCUUCUUAACAUGCUUCUUCGCUGCAUGCACGCUAAAGUGCGUUCCCAGAUGCGCAGCUUCUUCGUUGACUGCCUCAAAGUCUUGCGAGAGAAAGAGCCCACUCUAUACGGUCUAGAGAGCGCUGACAACGAGAUGGAUCUGGAAUCUUCCACUCUGACAAGCAGUGUACUUUCAGAGAUUACCGGUAGAUUGCGUGUCAUUGCAGACGAAUCUUACAUGGCCGUACGGGGCUGGGAUGAUUUCUACCUCACACUGACUCAGAUGGUUGAGAUGGGCCAUCUGGAAACCGGUCUUCUAUUGGACCAUGGCUUCCUGGUGUUCUGCUUGAGGCUACUCUGCAUGCACUCGUACGCUAAAUUCCAGGAGGAACAACCCGAUCUCUGGAGAAUUAUAAGCAAGAAGUCGGGAAUUUACAAUAGGUUCAUUGGAUUCGUAUCAGCGUUGCUCUCACGCAUGAACACGAGUCUGCAACCUCUUCGCCACGAGCACGAUCGUUCGUCUACGCUCGAUCGAGAGACCUUGAGGUUUCCACUAACAUUCCAUGAACGACAGGUUCUGUAUCACUGGGACAUCGAUCUCAAGGCCAUUGCGGUCUUGGAUAAGGCUUUGGAAAUGUUCGAUGAAACAAAGUUGGAACACUUCCACCCGGGCGAUAUUGUCAAGUCGAUGCUCAAUUGGCAGGACUCACAAGUCCAGACCAACCUUUUGAAGAGCAUCUACGAGGGUGUCUCCCUCGAAGCCCCUUUCUGCGAUUCUUACGUGAAAGCGGCACUUUCGUAUUGCGAGAACUCUCCGAUGGUGGACAACGUUUACAAGAUCGUCACAACGGUUUCGAAGGCGGUCGCGUCAGCCAGUAGAGCGGACGAUGACCGUCUACCAGGAGGUUUGGCUGUCCUCGAUUUUGUUGGCGGUCUUCUGCAAACAAAGAACGCGGCCAUCUUUCAACAGAAGCACCGAUACAUAUUCUUCACAUGGAUCAUAGCGAAAAGCCGCAUAUGGGCCACUCCUUUGCUGCUACACGCACAAGACAGUGUGCGAAAAGGUGCACAGAUGCUGGUCUGCGAGCUAUACAAGAGCUACGAAGGAUGGCCUCUGGAUCUGGUGCAGAUGAGAUGGAGAGUACUCCGCGAGAUGGUCACCGACAUGAUGGAGCGCAUUUUGUACGAGAAGGAUCAUGGCAUGCUCAAACCCCAUCUAUCUCCUCUCAUCGACACUUGCCGGUAUCUCGUUCAGCAGCUCUACGAUCUGAUCCAUAGCGAGGAUCCCGAGUUGGAUCCAUAUAGAGACGACACCAACGACAGCUCUCGAAUUGCCCACUGGACUGGAGAAAUUGAACCAAGGCUAGAGACAUGGCCACAAGAUGAUGGUCUGUCAGCGGGAGAUCUCUAUGACCAUUCCGACUUUGGUAGUGAUUCAGAGACUGACAACAUACACGAUAACAAUUUGUAAUUGUUGAGUGGCCUUUCGUCCGCCCGCAAUUCGCCCAGCUCUAUCCACUCAUUGUCUUCUCUUCUUUGUAGUAUGACGGCGCCAGCGGCGGCCCUUCAGCACGGAGUUGAAGGCUCACGCUAUUAACGGAUGAGAAAAU